AUGGUUGUUGGCUCCGCCUCCUCCAUUUCUGUCGUCGCCCGCGUCGCCCGAGACGACCACGCCUCGACCGCAUUCGGCUCCGACACCAGCAUGGACGACGAUGUCGUCCUGCCGAGCGAAGGAUUCGUUGCCGUGGAGGGGCCAGCGAAGAUCGCCGACUUGCCGGCACACCCUCACCUCACACUCCACAACCUCCUCCUUCUGCGCGGCGCACACGACGGCUAUGUCGUCUGUGGUCGCUACCGGAUCGAGCAGUGGUUGGACGGUAUAUUGGACUGA